AUGUUCCUGCCGUGUUGCGAGGUGCGUUGCGAGAGGGGUAGAGCUGCCAAGACUGCACUUGCACUGUCGGGGGUCACAGGCCUCUUUUCUGCCUUAGUCGGGGUCCUUGCGUGGAGAAGCCUGAAGCGGCUUGAGGAGAUUCAACGCGAGGAGGAGAUUCAAUGGCAAUUGCUCCAGGAGAUUGAACGGCAACGGUUUGAGGCGAUUCAAUGGCGAAAGUGGAUUCACCGGCAACGGCUUGAGGAGGAGAAUCGAUGGCAAUGGCUUGAGAUUUCACGGCUUGGUGAGAUUAAACGGCUACGGCUACGGUUUGAUGAGACUCGAUCGCAAGAGUGGAUUCAAUUGCAACGGCAUGAGGAGGAGACUCAACGGCGACUGCUGCAACGGCUUGAGGAGAGACAACGGCGAGAGGAGCUUGAACGGCUUGAGGAGAUUCAACGGCACCGGUUGGAGGAGACUCGACGGCCACAGGGGUUUCAGUGGCUUGAGGUGACUCAAUGGCAACGGCUUGAGGACAUUCAACGGCCAGAGGACCUUCGACGGGAGGAGGUUCAACGGCUUGAGGAGAUUCAAAGGCAAGUGUGGCGAGGGUUCGCGGUGAUUCAACAACAACGGCUCGAGGAGUUUCAACGGCGAGAGGAAAUUCGAUGGCGAGAGGAGAUCCGACGGCAGGAGGGUCAACUGCUGGAGGAGAUUCAACGGCAAGUACGGCUAGGGUUUGAGGGGAUUCAACAGCAACGGCUUGAGGAGAUUCGACAGCGAGAGGGGAUUCAACGGCUUGAGGAGAUUCAACGGCGAGAGGGGUUUCAACAGCUUGAGGUGAUUCAACGGCAACGGCUUCAACAGAUGAUUCAACUGCGAGAGGAGAUUCGACGCGAGGAGGUUCAAUGGCUUGAGGCGAUUCACUGGCGAGUACGGCGAGGGUUUGAGGAGAUUCAUCAGCUUGAGCAUGCGCUCGAGACUUCCCUCGGUGAAGAAAGAUCUAGAGCAAUGACGAGGAAUCGACUUGAGCAGUCGUACACCUAUGCCGCUGGAAUUAUCACCGUCGGGAAACAGCUACAUGGCAAAACUCGGCGCUGCGUCGAUGGAGCUUUUGAAGCCGACGUGUGCUUCUUUGUGAUUCGAUUGGGUUGUGAGUGGAACAUGAUGUGUGCGAGCAGGCACAUCGUCUCUAAGCCGGUGCUCUUUGCAAUCCGGCGUCAGAUUCAAAGGUUGAACAAGCUACUUCUGACGGCCGAGGUGAACCCCUUCCUGAUUCCCCUGAGCCUGAUGUUGCUCGUCGUGCUCGUCACCUUGCAGACGCUUAGGCCGCCGGAGCAUCCUCCUCUGGCUGCAGCGAGACCCGCAGAACCGCCCGAGCUUUGGGACGAGACCAUCAUCAAGGUCAAGCCCAAGCAGAAGGACAUGGCCUCUUGCGGCCUCUAUGGCUGUGGUGAUCUCAGCCUCCAGGUCAGCUGCCGCUGCAACAAAGAGUGUGAGAUGGACGGGACCUGUUGCGAAGACUACCAUGCCAUCUGCAAGGACCACUCUGCGGCGCAGCCAAGCACUCCCAAGGAAGGCAGCUGCAACAAGUACGGGUGCUUGAACGUUAUCAAGCCGGAGCACACGUGUCAAUGCACAGCCAGCUGCCGUGACUUCGGCGACUGCUGCGAGGACUUCGAGCACUUUUGCGGCGCAAAAAGCUUCAUCGCCCUGGAGGUGGCUCCCAAGGAGGACAAGAAGGAGAAGCACGAGGCCUUCCGACCCCUGACCGCCCUUGUCCACAAGGAGACCCAGAGUGAGAAGGCGCGGCACCAGGAGUUUCUCCAGAUUCACGCAGAACGCGAGCGGAUUCUCAAGUGGCAGGACGUCCGAAGCUGCCCUCCGCAAUUCCUGGAUCAAACGCUGCUGCACGGAGAGGAAGUUGCCAAGGCGAGCAACAUGUCCACCGGCGCGGCAUGCCAAAAGGCCUGCACCGAAAAGUCGGACUGCGACGCGUUCGUCUGGUCAGCCAGCACAGGUUCCUGCCUCAUGGUGGCCCUGCCGGCUGGCGAGGUGAACGCGGCAAUGACGCCCAAGGAAGGCUUGAUUGCCGGGUUGCCCUGCUGCCGACCGAGCACAGAGAAGCAGAAUGAGGUCUACAAAGAUUGCCCUGAGCAUCUUGCAGACACCACUUUGCAGACGUCGUCAGUCUUGCUCCAGCUCGGCGGCAUCAAGUCCGCCUAUGAUUGCCAAGAGGCCUGCACCAAGCGAUUUGAUUGCGGAGCCUUCUCUUACGGGCUGCCACCCGGCGUGCCUGACAAUAUGUGCUUCCUGCGGAGGCUGGCGCCCGAUGAGACGCCAAGGAUCAAGCCAGAGGACGGAAUGACAUCUGGACUGCCCUGCGGCUGUCGAGCGACCCCAGAUAAUGCCAUCUGGCCGGAGAGGGACGUGGACAAGUUUACAAUGCCGCUGCCGCGAGGGUCGAAGCCCGUGCGCGCCAAAAGCAUCUUCUGCUUGGCCGUAAUGGUGCCGUACUCCUACGAAGUAGGCCUAAUCGCUAUGCAGUACAAGCACCACACUGGAAUUUUCGCUUGCGACGAGUACCAGGUAUACAGUAAUCAAGCGCUGGUGAUCGCUCCUGGCUUGGAGACGCGGAAGGUGAUGACCAGCCAAGAAUGCGAGGUCGGCGGUGAGUUCAAGAGCGCGCUGAAUCUUCGGAUCUUCGCAGCUUUUUGGAGGCAAGUGAUAUCCGACGGCCACUAUCUGCUGUACAACUGGAUCGUCAAGGCGGACCCCGACACGGUCUUCUUCGUAGAUCGACUCCGAGUCGUCCUUGACAAGCACGAAGAAGGCUCCCGUGACUUAGCCAGCACAGGCGUGUACUUAAACAAUUGCAAGUUCGGUCUCCACGGCCCGCUGGAAGUCUUCUCGCAGAGCGCCGUGCGGGCGCUGACGACCAGCUUCCCAGGCUGCUACAACUACUUUCAAAAGCUGUGCAGUGGUGACUGUCAGUGGGGCGAGGACCGACCAGGGAGAUGA